AUGGUGGUUUUGGUGGUUAAUGUGACUGGCAUUGCUGUUGGGACUGGCUUGUCAUUGACUUGUGACACCCUUAUAUCUCAGACCUUUGGAAGUGGAAACCUGAAGCGUGUGGGGGUGAUCCUUCAGAGAGGGGUUCUGAUUCUCCUUCUGGCGUGUUUCCCCUGCUGGGCUGUUCUCAUCAAUACUGAACCCUUUUUACUUGCCGUUAAACAGAGCCAUGAGGUUGCCAGUCUGGCACAAGUGUAUGUGAAGAUCGUCAUGUUUUCUCUGCCAGCGGCAUUUAUGUACCAGCUGCUGGGAAGAUAUCUUCAGAACCAGGGAAUUAUUUGGCCACAGGUCGUAACGGGUGUAAUUGGAACCAUUUUAAACGCAUUCGUCAAUUAUGUUCUCCUCCAUCUUCUGCAACUGGGAGUUCCUGGGUCUGCCGCAGCAAAUGCAAUGUCACAGUGUGUUUUUUCCAUCACCCUACUGGCCUAUAUUUGGUGGAAGGGGUUACACAAACCCACAUGGGGAGGCUGGUCACGUGAGUGUCUCGAGGAGUGGGGACCCUUUGUCAAGCUGGCCAUGCCAAGCAUGCUCAUGUUUUGCCUUGAGUGGUGGCCAUUUGAACUGGGAGGAUGUCUUGCUGGCACAAUUAGUGAAGUUGAGUUGGGAGCUCAAUCUGUGAUCUAUAACCUGACUGUUGUGGCUUUCAUGUUCCCCAUUGGAAUGGCAACUGGAGCGAGUGUCCGUGUAGGGAAUGCUCUUGGUGCAGGAAACAGUGUGCAAGCCAAGUUGUCUUGUAAAGUUUCCAUCAUCUGUACAUCUGCAGUCGCCUGUUUUGUUGGACUUAGCCUUACACUAUCCAGAAAUGUAGUUGGCUACAUUUUCACCACAGAUCCAAACAUUUUAAAGAGGACUGCUGAUGUCAUGGUUGUUUUUGGUGUCAUGCAUCUUGCUGAUGCUAUUGCGGGUGUGAGUGGAGGUGUUUUCCGAGGAGUUGGAAAACAAAAGGUCGGUGCUGUGUCCAACCUGGUUGGACACUACUUCAUUGGCUUUCCAAUAGGUGUGUCUUUAUUGUUUAAGACACAAUUGGGCGUUGUAGGACUUUGGACUGGUCUUACGAUCUGUGUGGUACUGCAGGCCAUUUUCUUCGUGACAUAUUUGUGCCGUCUUGAUUGGAGAAAGAGGCGGCUCGGUGGCGCACUUGGGAGAGCAGGUGUUCAGGUCAAGGCUGAAGACACUGUGGAAAUGCUAGACUGCGAGCCAGACUCUACUGCAGUGGUUCCUGCUCCUUCACCCAGAUGUGAGAGUACUGCAGAGGACCAACAGAUUCCAGAGCAGCAUGAAACUGCAGUCACCAUCGUCGGCGAUGUUCUCACAGUGAAACAACUGCUUUUGAAGCGUGGCUUGAUUUUACUUAUCUUUGUUGCCAUCUUGGCAGCCGGAAUUAUCGCCAGUCACUUCCUUGUCGGAGGAUUGAAGUGAGUCUCGGCUUGGUUUAGAGUUUGAGAUUUGAGAGUUAUCAGGUGACCGUGUUACUGGAUGACUCGAGCAUUGUGGAAGAGCCAAGUUUCUGAUCAUAUACCACUUCUAAUUAUCAUGAGCUUUAUCGUUGUGAUCAGACUCAAUAUCAGAAAUCACUGUAUCAUCAAAGUCAAAGUCAGCUUUAUUGUCAACAUCUUCACAUGCCGAGACACACAAAGAGAUCGAAAUUACGUUUUCCCUAUCCCACGGUGACAAGACAUAUUACACGAUAGACAUACAAGUAAACGACGCAAUAUCAAAAACAAGAAGGCACAAACAAUAAAUAAUAAGAGUAACAAUAAAUAAUAAAUAAAUAGAUAACACAACGAAUAAAAGCCAGUGUGCAUACAAUUACGUAUGUACAGUACAUUAGAAAGGCUGUGAAUUAUGUUAAUUUUGUGUUUAUUUGACGAUAUAGAGAACCUUUGCACAUAUUGCCAAUGAUUUUUUUAUUUGUUGCCUUCUUAGACUGACUCAUAUUAUCGUUCUAUUGGUGUCUACUUUAUAAAUAUAGAAAGUACUGAAUAUUAACUUGUUUUAAUUGACUGCUUUGCUGUCUUUGUGGUUGUAACAAAGAGGAAAAGACAACGACCCAUUUUGCAAUCAAUAUAAUACAAUACCAUUACAAUAAAAUUACAAUACAAUUACAAUACAAUCUAAUUUUAUUUAUAUACCCUAUUUCACAGCUGUGUAAAAAAACACUUGAUAUAUACAUAAUGUUUCUUUCCCAAACUGCCACCAGAGGUUGCUGUCUGCUCAGUUUACUCGGAGCUGUGAUGAAUUGAAUGGUGCUUGGGUGCGCCUAUAUGCUGUAUAUGUAAUGUAAAAAGUACAUGAUGCUAAUUGAAAUGUGACUAACAGACAAAGAGUGAUAUAUUAUUUUGUAAGAUUCUGUACACCGGGAAAUCACGAGUGUCAAAGGGACCAAAAAGACAGUGACUGAUUCAUUAUGCCAAUGUUCAUUUGCUUGGCAUCUCAUUUGCUUUUGUCAAAUAAGACCUCUGUGACUUAAGACUGAAUACUAUGUUGUACACCACCAAUAAAUAACCAAUC